AUGUCCACAGUGACCUGCACCAAUAACUAUACCUUGGUGUCAGACAGUGGAGAAUACUGGUGUGAAGCUGCAGGAGGAGAGAGAAGCAACACAGUCACCAUCACAGUCACUGGUGGCUCUGUGAUCCUGGAGAGUCCAGUCCUCCCUGUGAUGGAGGGAGAAUCUGUGUCUCUGCGCUGUAGAACCAGGAAGAACGUCUCCGACCUCACGGCUAAUUUCUAUAAAGAUGGCCUCCUCAUUGGGAACAGCUCUACAGGAAACAUCACUAUUGAAAGUGUUUCCAGGUCUGAUGACGGCCUCUACAAGUGUAACAUCUCUGGAGCUGGAGAGUCUCCACAGAGCCGGCUGAUGGUCACAGGUGGCUCUGUGAUCCUGGAGAGUCCAGUCCUCCCUGUGAUGGAGGGAGAAUCUGUGUCUCUGCGCUGUAGAACCAGGAAGAACGUCUCCGACCUCACGGCUGAUUUCUAUAAAGAUGGCCUCCUCAUUGGGAGCAGCUCUACAGGAAACAUCACUAUUGAAAGUGUUUCCAUGUCUGAUGACGGCCUCUACAAGUCACUUCACAAAGAGACCAGUCCAUCCACAGAUCACUCUGUUUAUAUCUUCCUCCCCUUCAGGACUGUGUUCAUCACUGUGUCAUUGGUUCUGCAGCUGUUGGUGGUAGCACUCUUUCACUUUGGGAAGGGUUCCCAUGACGACUGGAUUCAGGUCCUCCACAAGGUAAAGCCCUUCGUCUUCAUACAGAGACUCCGCCUGCAUGUCCUAGUAAACAAAACAGCUGAACCUGGAGCCACUGUCAUUCUGCCAUGCCGAGCUCCCAGCAGCACAAACAUCAUAGUUGUAGAGUGGUCCAGACCUGAACUGGGGACAGAAUAUGUCUUCAUGUUCCGGGACAGGCGUUCUGUUCCUGAAAACCAGCAUCCAUCUUUUCAGAACCGGGUGGACCUGAACGACAGACAGAUGAAGGACGGUGACGUUUCCAUGAUACUGAAGAAUGUGACGAGUAAUGACACAGGAAAAUAUGAGUGUCGAGUCGAUGAAGGAAGAACAAACCGCUGGAAGAGAGCAAAUUUAAAUACUGAGAGCAUCAGCAUCAUCUACCUGGAUGUUCAUCAGUCAGGUCACACAGCUAGAGACAGAGAGGAUGGAGGAAACAAAACUCUUCUUAUUGGUGUGUCUGUUGCUUUGUUUGUUGCUUUGCUUGUUGCUGUGCUUGUUGGUUUUAUGAUCUGUAGAAAACGUAGAGGUUCAUACCAACCUCCUGCUGAUGAAACACUGUGAAACUGAAAUGAAACACUGAUAAGGAAACAUUUCACAUACACUUUUAUUGGUUGUUACACAGAGUUCAUGGUCUGUUUUUGUC